CCCUCCACCCCCGGCACGGCUGAGGGGGCGCGCGGUGCACGCCGGGACGGCAGCGCGCGCCGCGGCCGGGAGGAGGCGGAGGAGCCAAGAUGGACGCCGGGUUCUUCCGCGGAACCAGUGCAGAGCAGGACAAUCGCUUCAGCAACAAGCAGAAGAAGCUGUUGAAGCAGUUGAAGUUUGCAGAAUGCUUAGAAAAGAAGGUGGACAUGAGCAAAGUAAAUCUGGAAGUAAUCAAACCAUGGAUAACAAAACGAGUAACAGAAAUCCUUGGAUUUGAAGAUGAUGUAGUAAUUGAAUUUAUAUUCAACCAGUUGGAAGUGAAGAACCCAGAUUCCAAAAUGAUGCAAAUCAACCUGACUGGUUUUUUGAAUGGGAAAAAUGCUAGGGAGUUCAUGGGAGAACUGUGGCCACUGCUAUUAAGUGCACAAGAAAACAUUGCUGGUAUUCCAACUGCAUUUCUGGAACUGAAGAAAGAAGAAAUAAAACAGCGACAGAUAGAGCAGGAGAAACUGGCUUCCAUGAAGAAACAAGAUGAAGACAAAGAGAAGAGAGAUAAGGAAGACAAAGACAAYAGAGAGAAAAGAGACAGAUCCAGGAGUCCAAGAAGACGCAAGUCCCGGUCCCCGUCCCCGCGGCGGAGGUCGUCGCCGGUGCGCCGGGAGCGCAAGCGCAGCCACUCGCGCUCCCCUCACCACCGCACCAAGAGCCGCAGUGCCACCCCUGCCCCCGAGAAGAAAGAGGCCACUCCUGAGCCUGAGCCCUCCGUCAAACCAAAGGAGACUGUCGUGCAAGAGGCAACUUCAAACAGUGAUAUCCCAAAAGCUCCUAAACCUGAACCUCCUGUACCAGAGACUAAGGAAACUUCACCAGAACGUAACUCAAAGAAGGAGAGAGAGAAGGAGAAAGAGAAGACUCGYCAGAGAUCCCCAACUCGGUCCAAGUCCAGGUCAAGAUCCCGAUCCCGUUCUCCAUCUCAUUCUCGACCCAGAAGGCGCCACAGAUCACGGUCAAGGUCUUACUCCCCUAGAAGGCGACCCAGCCCGCGGCGCCGGCCGUCCCCACGCAGGAGGAGCCCACCCAGGAGAAUGCCUCCCCCACCCAGGCACAGACGGAGCAGAUCCCCUGUGAGACGGAGAAGACGAUCCUCAGCCUCGCUGUCGGGCAGCAGCUCCUCCUCAUCAUCAUCACGCUCCCGCUCUCCACCAAAGAAGCCUCCCAAGAGACCCGUGUCCAGCCCUCCCCGUAAAACCCGCCGGUUGUCACCUUCAGCCAGCCCUCCCCGGCGCCGGCACCGGCCCUCGCCCCCCGCCAGCCCCCCGCCCAAGCCCCGCAGAUCUCCCACCCCCCAGCAGUCCAACCGCARCAGGAAAAGCCGCGGCUCCGUCUCGCCCAGCAGGGCUUCAGCACCUAAACAUAAGAGUACUGAGAAAAGAGAAUCUCCUUCGCCAGCACCUAAACCCAGGAAAGCAGAACUGUCGGAAUCAGAAGAAGACAAAGGAGGCAAAAUGGCUGCAGCAGAUUCUGUGCAACAGAGGCGCCAGUACAGGAGGCAAAACCAACAGUCUUCAUCUGAUUCUGGUUCUUCAUCUUCCUCAGAAGAGGAGAGGCCCAAGAGGUCCAACGUGAAGAACGGGGAGGUGGGCAGGCACCGCCGCCACUCGCACUCGCGCAGCCCCUCGCCAUCGCCCCGCAAGCGGCAGAAGGAAUCCUCCCCUCGCAGGAGGAGGAGGAGCCCCUCACCGCCCCCGGCCCGAAGGCGCCGCUCCCCUUCCCCGGCCCCUCCACCCCGGCGCCGCCGCUCCCCGACCCCGCCCCCUCUUUGCAGGUCUCCAUCACCACCCCCUCGCAGACGUUCUCCCUCUCCACGGAGAUACUCCCCCCCAAUCCAGAGGCGAUAUUCCCCAUCUCCCCCUCCCAAGAGGAGAACAGCUUCUCCUCCUCCYCCUCCCAAAAGAAGAGCCUCUCCUUCCCCCCAGUCCAAGCGCAGAGUCUCCCACUCGCCGCCGCCAAAACAGAGGAGCCCCCCCAGUGCUAAACGGCGCUCCCCUUCCAUAUCUUCCAAGCACAGGAAGGGGUCUCCUCCCAGCAGAUCCAACAGGGAAGCACGUUCCCCACCACAAAACAAAAGGCAUUCACCUUCACCACGGCCUCGAGCUUCCCACCCCUCCUCCAGCCCUCCUCCACCGCGCCGGGGAGCGUCGGCGUCGCCACAGAGGAGACAGUCACCCUCUCCCAGCACCAGGCCCAUCAGGAGGGUGUCCAGAACGCCAGAACCCAAGAAAACAAAGGCUUCCACCCCCAGCCCCCGGCGCGUGUCCUCGUCCCGAUCUGCGUCAGGGUCACCUGAGACAGCUCCCAAAAAACACCAAGGACCUGCAUCUCCUGCUCGCUCUCGCUCUCCUUCUGCAAACUGGUCACCUGCAAAAAAGGCCAAGAGCCCAACGCAGAGCCCAUCACCUGCCAGGAAUUCAGAUCAAGAAGGUGGUGGCAAGAAGAAGAAGAAAAAGAAGGAUAAGAAGCAUAAAAAGGAUAAAAAGCACAAGAAACACAAAAAGCAUAAGAAGGAGAARGCAGCAGCAGCUGCAGCAGCUGCUACUGUGGCUACAGCAGACACCACCUCAGCACAGGAAGACCAGGAAGCAGAGACAGAACCCAAAAAGGAGACAGAAAGUGAACCCGAGGACAACCUGGAUGACCUAGAAAAGCACCUGCGAGAGAAGGCCCUGAGGUCCAUGAGGAAGGCGCAGGUGUCCCCCCCCUCCUAGGCCAACCCUUUGAUAUAAUGUACAUUUUAUUUGGUUUGUACUCAGAAUUCAAUUUCAAAUUGCUAAAUGUGUUUGAGCUUUAGAAUAUAACAUUUGUUGUAAUAAUUGCUAGGUUGAGGUUCACCAUGUACAAAGGGCAUGGAUUUACAUUACAAAAGGUGUCCACAGUGUACUAGUGACAUUCUUUCAUUGACAGUCAGCAUAAUUUCAUUUAGGGUGAGACUUUUUAGAAGCAGUAGGAAUUUGUUUUGGAGGUUUUGAAACAUGACCGUCAAUUCCCUCGUUUCUUUGAAAUCCAACAGAGCCUUGAGCAGAAUUUGUGAGGGUCUCAUUUGACUUCUUUUGUAUCACUUACAUGAUGCUACUAACCUUUGUGGUUUGUAGGCUUGCCCAGGAGUAAAAACCACUGCAGAAUUCCAAGGAAAUACAUCUAUUUUAAUGCUUUCUACUGUUGCCUGUAUAGUCUCCAUUAAAGCCAAUCAAGAAUAGCAAUUUAGAGUGGUACAUAAAUGAAAGCAUGUUGUUUACCAGGACACUGUGGGUUUAUAUUGAUGUAACAUGUUGAUUUGGAACACUGGAAUUUCAUUUGUAUUUUUAUGUUCUUUUUUUUAAAGGGCAGUUUCCAUGAUCAGCAAUCCCAGAAAAAAAAAAAAAAGUAAUUCCCUCAGUUCCAUAAAUUUUGUUUGUGAGCUGUCGUUGCCCCAUUCAUAAAUCUUGUCUCGUUACGGUUCUUCRGAAUGGUCUGAGCAACUUUCAGAGCUGUGUUCUUUGAAAGUUUAGAGGAACCURAACUUUGGAUAUUGUCAUGUUUUCACUGUUCUUUGUUUUUGUUUUUUUAACUAAAGCUAUAUAAAGCUUGUGGAUUAAACAAAAUAAAUUUCUAAAUUUAAACAGA